CAGCCACGGGGCUGCACCGAGGGAAUGGGGAUGCCACUGCCCCGGCGGGCUGGGGCAUGAGGCACUCUGAACAUUGGAUGAAAAGCAGGGUCGGUGCACCUCCUGCCUGGGCUAGGGGCUCAGCAUGGCUCAGGGAACCCUGAGCACGCAGCCCUAGCCCUGGAGGGGUGGGCGGGUGCCUUUCCCUGGAAGAGCUGCCACCAGGCAGGGGAGCCCAGGGACCCCUUGGCCAGCAAGCCCUGCUUCUGAGCAGCUGGCUGGCCACGGAGACAGAGACACGGGGGCAUCUCUCAGUCCGUGUCCAGGCUAUGCACCACAGGAGGUGGUCCCAGCUGCCCUGGAAGUCAAGCAACAGCACGGCGAAGAGAUGGGGGACACGGGCAGGGAGCAGCGGACCUGAGCUGCUGCUCACGUGGAGCUCCUAGGCAGCCACAGCCUCUAGCUCUGACCCUCGUAGCCAGGAAAUGCUGGGGAUUUUCUGACCUCUGCCAGAUUUGGAACAAGCUCUAAGGACAUGGGACUCCACCUUUAUCUUCUGCUUCUCUUCCCACAUCUGGCAGGGGCCAUCCUGGACAUCACCCUGGUCGCCAACGUGCAGAGUCUGUCCCACUCCGACUUCUUCCUCUCCUGCGUCAUGGGGGAGCACGACGUGAGCUACCUGCAGAUCGAGCGGGAGAACAAGAUCGUGAUGACGCACCCCAAAAUGGGCUUCCAAAACUACCGCAACCGCAGCAACCAAGUCCAGGCCAGGGGCUUCUCCAAGGCGGACCUGGUGGGGAUCCUCUACUGCCUGGGGCGCACCCCGACCGAGCAGGCCCAGGUGGUCUAUGUGCACAACAGCCACAAUGCCCACCUCUUCCCAGUGAAGGCCACACAGUCUGUGAAUGUUGCCGAGGUGGCCACCUUCUCUGCCAGGAUCCUCAAGAGGAAGGAGACAGAUGUUAUGUGGAAAAGAAACGGCACCUACUACCAAACCACAGACCGGGGCGAGGUGCAGGAUGACCACGUCGUUCUGACACUCCCCAAUGUCAGUGUCAGCGAAAACGGUGUCUACAGUGCCACAUUCAUGGGGGACAGCCCUCUGUGGAGUGCCUUCUACCGCCUCAUUGUGAGAGCCUGCCCUGCUAAGAAAUGGGGACCAUCCUGUCAGAAGGACUGUCCCGACUGUCUGAACGGCGGCAUCUGCCAUGACCACGUUGGCGAAUGCAUCUGCCCUCCAGGGUUCAUGGGCACCCGCUGUGAGAGAGCCUGCCAGGAAGGCCAGUUUGGCCGCAACUGCCAGGAGACGUGCCAGAGAGCCCAGGGCUGCCGGGGGCUGAGCUUCUGCCUUCUCGACCCCUAUGGCUGCUCCUGUGCCUCAGGCUGGAGUGGCUCCCGCUGCGACCAAGCCUGUCCCUCAGGAUUCUAUGGCCCUGACUGUGCCCUGGAGUGCACCUGCCAAAAUGGAGGCAGCUGUAACCGCUUCAGUGGCUGUGUCUGCCCUGCAGGCUGGCAUGGGCAGCACUGUGAGAAGUCAGACCGGUUCCCCCAGAUCAUCCAUCUGGCCUCAGAGCUGGAGUUCAACCUGGGCUCAGAGCCCAUCAUCAGCUGCGUGGCCAUUGGCAACCCACUGCCCACCAGGGACAGCGUGGAGCUGCGCAAGGCUGAUGGCACUGUGCUCAAGGUCAUCAAAACCAUCAUCGAGCCGAAGCAGAUCACCUGCGAGUUUGAGGCACGGCACCUGACAAAGGCGGACACAGGGCUCUGGGAGUGCCGGGUCUCCACGACCGGGGGCCAGGACAGCCGGAAGGUCAAGGUCAAUAUCCGAGUGCCACCAGUGCCCUUGAGUGCCCCCCGGCUGUUGGCCAAGCAGAGUCGCCAGCUUGUGGUGUCACCUGUGGACAGCUUCUCUGGGGACGGACCCAUCACCUCCAUCAAGCUCUUCUACAAGCCCAAGGAUGACAAUUCUGCUUGGUCAUCCAUUGUGGUCGACAACAGCGAGAACAUCACCCUCAUGAACCUCCGGCCGGUCACCGCCUACAUCGUCAAGGUGCAGCUGAGCCGGCCAGGGGCUGGUGGGGAGGGCAGCAAGGGUCCCGAAGCCAUCAUGGUGACUGACUGCCUUGAGCCCACAGUCAAACCUGUGAUCGAAGGCUGGUCCAUAGAAGAGAAAAAUAUGCUUCAUGUCAACUGGAAGUUGCCAAGCAACCAUGAGCCAGCACAUGGGUUCAUUGUCCACCUCUUUGACUCUGCAAGGCGGUUGGUCUCUGAGAAAAACGUCACGUCCAUCUCUGUGCUCUCUGCCCGCAUCGGGGACUUGGAGUUUAACAAGGAGUACAGGCUGGAGGUGCUGGUGUACCACUGCACCAGCCUGGGGCCACCCUCUGACCCCUAUAAGGUCAUGAUCAACAGUAAAGGGCCCUCCUCUCCGCAGUUGCUCUUGGCAGAGCCCGUGUCCGACACUGCGGUCAGGCUCUCCUGGCAGGUGCCCGAGUACCCCAAUGGGGGCAUCACCAAGUACAUCGUGGAGCUGCAGCAGGUGGGGGGCACCAGUGAACCCCAGUGGAUUGACACCGACAGCGGCGCCGAGACCACCAAGAUUGUUGGGGGCCUCAAUUCCAGCACCAGCUACCAGUUUCGUGUCCGUGCCAACUCCCAUGUGCCAGGGGAAUGGAGCCUGCCUGUGAAAGCCAAGACCCUUGGGGAUGGAGUGCUGAGCGUGCCGCCCAGCCUGGGCAGCCAGAGCACGGAGCAGGCGGGAACAGACCAGCAGCUGCUCUUGGCCAUUGUUGGCUCUGUGUCCGUCACUUGCUUCACCAUCCUCUUUGCUCUCCUGGCACUUUUCCUCAUCAAGAAGAAUUUUUUCCACCGGCGCCGCACCUUUACGUACCAGUCUGGCUCGGUGAGUCCCGCCUGCCCCGCCAGGACCGUGUCCCCUGCUCCCCAGGUCCCAGCCCGAUCCAGGUCACGUUCCAUAGCCUCCAGUCCGGAUGCAGCCAGACCUCACUUCCACACGGAGAGGGGGGAAGAGACCAUCCUACAGUUCAACUCGGGGACCCUCACCCUGACACGCCGGCCCAAGCCGCAGCCUGAGCCCCUCAGCUACCCCAUCCUGGAGUGGGAAGACAUCAAGUUUGAGGAUAUGAUUGGGGAGGGCAAUUUUGGGCAGGUAAUCAGGGCCAUGAUCAAAAAGGACGGCCUGAAAAUGAAUGCAGCCAUCAAGAUGCUGAAAGAAUUUGCUUCAGAGAAUGACCAUCGGGACUUUGCCGGGGAGCUGGAGGUGCUGUGCAAACUGGGCCAUCACCCCAACAUCAUCAACUUGCUGGGUGCCUGUGAGAACAAGGGCUACCUGUACAUCGCCAUUGAGUAUGCUCCAUAUGGAAACCUCCUUGACUUCCUCCGCAAAAGCCGAGUCUUGGAGACAGACCCAGCCUUUGCCAAGGAGCACGGCACUGCCUCCACCCUCACAUCCCAGCAGCUCCUCCAGUUUGCUUCGGACGUGGCCAAGGGGAUGCAGUACCUGAGUGAGAAGCAGUUCAUUCACAGGGACCUGGCAGCAAGAAACAUUCUGGUGGGAGAAAACCUGGCCUCCAAAAUUGCUGACUUUGGCCUCUCCAGAGGGGAGGAGGUCUAUGUGAAGAAGACAAUGGGCCGUUUGCCAGUUCGCUGGAUGGCCAUCGAGUCCCUCAACUACAGCGUGUACACCACCAAGAGCGAUGUGUGGUCAUUCGGUGUCCUGCUCUGGGAGAUUGUCAGCUUGGGGGGGACACCGUACUGCGGGAUGACAUGCGCCGAGCUCUAUGAGAAGCUGCCCCAGGGAUACCGCAUGGAGAAGCCGCGUAACUGCGAUGACGAGGUGUACGAGCUGAUGCGGCAGUGCUGGCGCGACCGCCCCUACGAGCGCCCUCCCUUCGCCCAGAUCUCCAUGCAGCUCAUCCGCAUGCUGGAGGCCAGGAAGGCCUACGUGAACAUGGCCCUGUUCGAGAACUUCACCUACGCGGGGAUUGAUGCCACCGCCGAGGAGGCGUGAGGCUGCGCUGGCCCCAGCCUGCUGGAACAGUGCUGUGGGGACAAGGGGCUGCUUGUCCUCUCCAGGGCCAAGCAGCCAAAUGGCAGUGCCCCUUCCCAAGAGCGCCUUCCCUGUAGCAGGACGAUGCCAUCCCCUCCCUGGCAUGGUGCCAGCCACUUACAGCCCCCACACUGCUGGGACACAUUGGGGUGACCCCCAAGGACAAGCAGCAGCAGGGUGCUGGCAGCAGAGCAGGCAGGAGAGGGCCUCCAUCAGGAGCCAGGGUACUGCCUAAGCCCAUGGACACACAUGCCUAAACUUUGGGGCAAGAGGAGGAAGCAGCAAUACAGCUGCAGCCCUCAGCAUGCUCUGGGCCUGAAGUGGUGCCAGGGGUUGUGAGCAACCCUGCUGGCAUGGGAUGGGGCCACCCUGGCGGGUGCAAAAGAACAAUGUUGGCUGUGCACAGCCUCCAGCUCUGUAGUGGCCCUUCAGAGAUUUCGGCUCUGCCUCAAGGACAAUAAAGAUCAUGCAACAGCUGGGUCCGGAGGAGUGUUGGUGGGGACCCACCUCUGCCCUGCUGACAGCACGGGGGAACAGCAUGUGGGGGCCCAGUGAUCUGCUGCUGUGGUGGGCACUCCUCAGAAUCCUGUUCCCACUGGGGUCCUGUGAUAAUCCCCAGGAAUGUCCCAGCAUUCCCAGGCAAGUCCUGGGUCUCAUCAUGGCACCGUGAUGGGUUUUCUUAGGAUCCAACUGGGAUCUUUUCUCACACACACAAUUUAAGACUUGGUCUUGUCCCCAGACGGAUAUGGAGAACAGACUAUGUCCUUCCUAUGCACAGCUGCCUCUUGCAUGCUUAAAAAUUGUUCCUGCAGCUUCUCCUCAGCUGGCUGGUCUUUAAAGGGAUGGCCCUGCUCCUCCAGCUGGGUCCUGUGGAACUGUGCAACUCCACACCCUUCCCACCCUGGCCAGCUGGCACCUCCCAGCACUGUGCCGAGCUUCCCAAUCUGGCAAGGUGAGGCUGUGUUUGACCAGCCUGCUCCAACUUGUGCUGCCAGGGUGAGCCUCGUGUGCCCGUCCCUCGAGGGUCACCUGGGCUCUGCCCUGGCCCUCCUGGAGGAGCUCCAGUCCCAGUCUUCAGUCCCUCACCUGCACUGCUGCUGUUUGUUACCCCGAGAGUGGUUGGCUUCAGCUUGCUCAGCCCUGGACAUGCCAUCCAGCUGUCUGUCUAUCCAUCUUCUGCAGUCCCACGAGAAGCAAGAGUGGCUCCUGCAGAGCCUGGUAUCCCUGCUGGAGACAGGGACAUUUGCAUUGUCCAGAAGGACAAUGGGCAAGUGUCUUUUAUGCCCAGAAGGUCUCUGAACCCUGUCAAUACCAUUCUGAUUUUCCAUUCUGGCCUUCAGUGCUUUUUAGUGUGAAUUGCAGCUGUUAGUGAGCAGCUGCUCUGCCACAUCUCUGAGGUUCCCAGUGAAUCAGUGAUGGGAACUGGCCCUCACGCCACUUCUUCUGCACCCCCUCUGCUCCCAGCUGGGAACAGUGUCUGGGGCAGUGUCACCAGUGCUGCUCACACCUAGGUCUUUGCUUUUUUUGACAAAAUUUGUCUGUGGCAAGUUGGGGCUGGCAUUUCUCUCCCUUCAGUGCCUCUAGUGCUGUCCUCAGCUGCUGGGCUUGAAGAAGCAAACCUGGCCUUGGUGCACAGGGGACACAUGUGCAAGUGGCUCCUUGUGCCCUGAGCUGUGCAAUAGUGCUGUGCCUUGGCAGGGUGGGAGACCCUCCAGCACCACAAGUAAUGGACUGGCAGGAGGUUGAGCAUGACUGUGGGACCUCAUGUGGUGGCCCUGAUCCUGCACCACCACCACUAGCACCUCCGAGGGCUUUGCCCUCUGUGCCUGCAGCUCUGCUCCCAGCACAGCCAGAGACGGUGCUGCUGGCAGAGCAGACCUGGAGUACACCGGUGCCAGGCGGCACAGGACACAAUGGAGGCAGACCAGCUGUGCCAUAUCCCAUGCUCCCAUGUGGUAGCAGCCCCAACAGCCUGCCCUGCCCCACACAGGGGCCUCCCUAGUUUCUCGGGGGUUGUUUUUCUUCCUAGCCCAUCCUCCCAGCAUGCCAGUAGCCACAAGAGCAGGACAUGCCGCCUAUCUGAUAGGAGCAGUCUCUCUUGGCACUGCGGCCGGCGGCAGAGGGGCUGUGGCCUUGUGGUUUCAGGCACAGGGAAGUGCUGGUGAUGGGGCGGGGGGAGCCCCCAGCCAGGCUUCCUGAGCUGCACAGCCACCACUUCCCAGAUAAAGGUAUUGCCUGGAGGAGCGACAGCAACUCCCAGGACACUGGAAGGGACGAGUGCGGCACGUGUGGCUCUGGCACACAGGUUGCAGGAUGGCAGCCUGCCUGUGCCAGAGCUGGCAGCUCUCACUUCUCCCUGCCAUCCUGCUCAGCCUCCGCAGCCCACCGUCAGCCCCUGAGCCAGUGACAUCCCAAGGUAGGUCCUUGGGGCUAUUUUCUCCCCCAAAGGAUGGGCCAGAGAGGAGCUAGAAUGCCAGGUGUGGGCAACAAGCACCUCACAGCAGCCAAAAUCUAUGGGAUUGGGAAGGGGGCAUUCCAGGACGGUGUGCAGGAAGUGUUCAGGGUGAGCAAUGGAGCGUACUUCUCACCUGUGGGACACCCUGAGAUGCUUGGAGUAAAGGAACAUCCAUGCUCUCUGCAAGCAGAGCUUGGCUGCCCAUGGGUUGCCCCUGAGGAUGGCAGCCUGGUGCUCCCAGUGCUGCUCAGGUAGCAGAGGGGCUCCUCACUCAUCAGACGUUCUCAGAGCUAUGACAUGAUGAGGGUUUUAACAAGACUCAAGUUAACAUCUGGUACAGCUCUGCAUCACGGGAAAUGCAGUGGCACCUCUAGGCUAACCCCAGUGCUCCUGCACCAGCCUUGCUGUCAUGAUCUUACUGUCCUGCUGGACAUCCUCAUCUUAGCUGAUAGCUGGCCCCAGCUGAUAGCUGCACCUGCCAGAGCCACUCCCCAACUUUGUUUCAUUUCAGUAUGAAAUUAUGCAUUCUUUAAGCUCCUCUUUAGCCCCUUUAGAACUUUCUGUAACCCCAUAAAAAGCAUUAAUUGAAUAAAACCCUGUUGAUCUCCU